CAACUUCACCCACUCCUUUUUGCCCUUCAGCCAACCCCCAAGUCCACCAUUUUCAGAACUUAGACGAGAAUAUAUAUAUAUAUAUAUAACAAAACAUAAACACUAACCUACAACCUCUCUCUCCUCCUCUCAGCUUCAUUGCGGUUAUGGCGGUGUUCUCUACCUCCCUCGCGCCUCAAAUCUCCGGCACCAAAUCAGCAACCUCCUAUUGCCCUCUCUUCUCCGGUCUUCGCCGAUCAUGCUCGAAACUCGACAGCAUCUCCAACUCACAAGAGUCUUUUGUUCAACACAUCAACUCUACUCUCCGUCUCUCCUCAUCUUCUCGUAAGCCUUGCAGAGGCGUUGUUGCCAUGGCCGGCUCUGGCAAGUUUUUUGUUGGUGGAAACUGGAAGUGUAAUGGCACUAAGGACUCCAUCACUAAGCUUGUUUCUGACUUGAAUAGUGCAACAUUGGAGACUGAUGUUGAUGUUGUUGUAGCCCCGCCUUUUGUCUACAUCGAUCAGGUGAAGGCUUCAUUAACAGAUAGAAUUGAUAUAUCUGCUCAGAACUCUUGGGUGGGGAAAGGUGGAGCUUUCACCGGAGAAAUCAGCGUGGAGCAAUUGAAAGAUCUUGGCUGCAAGGCCCAGAGUUUGCAAACCAUUGUCAAUUCUGUUACAUCGAAGAAAGUUGCUGCGUGA